AAUUUGACAGCCGCUUUAAUCAAAGCGGCUUGCUCGGAGGCGUCUGCCAUUUGUUUUUUUAUCGGUGCGAAAAGAUUAUUGAUUUUUAGGUGCCUAUUGAGCCAACUUAACGGAAAUUGUUGAAGAAAUGGCGCGUUCGAAAAAUCGCUCCGAUUCAGAGGAAUCGGAAAAGACCGACAAGAAGCAGCGCGGUCGGGAAAAGGAGCGUAAAAAGCGCAGUUCCAGCAGCAGCGAUAGUAGUGGAAGCUCGUCCGGUAGUAGUUCAUCUCGCAGCAGUUCCGGAUCACGUUCGAGCUCUUCCAGCAGCAGCUCGUCGUCUUCCAGCUCGUCCUCGUCAUCCAGCAGCGAGGCCGACCGUUCUCGCACCAAGCGCAAAACUAACACCCGGUCACGCUCACGCAGCAAGAGCCCAGCGGAGCCGGCACAGAACUGGGACAAACAGUUGGCCGUAACCGCGAAGGAACCGGCGGCGAAGGGUACAAGUGUACGCUCAAAGUCGAAGGAACGAUCGGAUCGUCGCAGUUCGGAACCGCGCGAUAAUGACAAAGAAAACAAGCAGAGCCGUGCGGCAUCGGUCGACAAAUCGAACAAAGAUUCGCGCAGCCGUCGCUCACGCUCCGGUUCGUCGAAGAGGAAGCGUCGCGAGCGCUCCGUAACGCCACGACCGAUACGCAUCCACAUCGGACGAUUGACGCGCAACGUAAACCGAGAUCACAUCAUGGAGAUUUUCAGUUCAUACGGUGAGAUAAGCAAGGUCGAUUUUCCGAUGGAUCGGUUCCAGACGAUUGGCCGUGGCUUUUGCUACGUUGAGUAUGUCGAUCCGGACGGUGCGGAAAAUGCGAUGAAAAACAUGGACGGCGGACAGAUUGAUGGGCAGGAAAUUACGGCUUCACCGGUGUUGGUACCGAAGACGCGUCCACCACCGCGUCGUCCGUCACCGAUUAUGCGCAACAAUCGGCCAAUGCCACGCUGGAGAGCAUCACCGAUGCGUUACCGGCGUCGUCCAUCGAUCCGACGUAGCCCCAGGCGCAGGCGUUCCCGCAGCCCCGUACGAAGACGUCGCCAGAGCAACAGCUCGGACAGUUCGCGCUAGACAGGGAUUGGUGAAGCCCCCGUAAUCAGUACACCCCAGGUCUGACGAUCUAGUUUUUACAUUUGAAUUUCAAGUCUUACUGCACUGCCUAGGGAAGAAAUCACAUUUUAACAUUUUACCAUGUGUGCAUCAUUGAACCAAAUUUCUGAUUCAGUUUUUCCCUUGCUAUUCUGGGCAUAUCUGAGCUGAGCAGUAGCUUUCAUUUUUCGUUGGAAAAUGCACUCCACGAAUCACGAACGCAUGAUUCUGACGAGAAUGUGACAUUUAUGUUCAAUUUCAUAUAACACAUCAUAGCAUAAUAUAACAAUUAUGGAUUAAAAUAAAA